UGAAGCACACUUUCGGCAUGCUGAGAUUGAUUCUAUUCUUGUCUUCACUUCCAGAGCCCUCCACUCCAGGAUACACAUAACGACCACACUCCCAAGUCUUCGAACUACUUCCUUUCACUGUAUUGUAUAAGUUGUGCACUUUCUGCAACGACGGGGGGAAACUCCCCUUUCUCAACCAGGUAGAUGAGAUAUAGAUCAACUGGCAAUUGCUGACUUUCAUGGGCACACGUUUCAUUGCAUUAUCUGAGCUGCUAUUCAUUGCCGAGCAGCUUCUUCACUAAAUCGUAGAGUCGAAGGGAAGAGUCCGUCCGUUUCAACAACCAUUACUUCACUGACUGGGCAGUUACGACUGUUCAGUCCGCAAGGAUUACAAAUACAUGAUUCAUUGUACUAGUUUGAUGUCUUGAUGAGCCGACGAAGGGAAGUCGCUUCGAAGAGUCCUUUCUAACUUUGUGAUCAUCUACUGCAAGAAUUCUGUUUCUUUUGAAAUCGUUUAAUUUUUUUUGUUGACAUGCAUGUGUCUUCAGGAGAAGGAACUGAAACUAUGGAUAGGCUGGCUGCUCUUCUGAUUGCACUUUUCUGCCUUUUAGCGACAGUUCUGAAGGUGGAAUCCGAAGGUCUUGUGUACGAUUAUUACGCGAACUCUUGUCCCAAUGCUGAGAAAAUCAUCCACGACACUGUGUACAAGCUUUACGAGAAGAAGGGCAACAUCGCGACUUCCUUGAUUCGUUACGUCUUUCAUGAUUGCUUCGAUAGCUGCGAUGCAUCCGUCCUGCUCGAGUCUAGCAAAGGUGUGCCCGCUGAAAAGGAAUCACACUCGCAAGUCGGAAUGCGAAACGGGAAGUGGAUUAACAAUAUCAAGAAGGCUGUCGAAGAUAGUUGCCCUGGGGUGGUCUCGUGUGCGGAUGUCCUCGCCCUUGGAGGUGCCGCAGGAGCCCAAGUGCUGGGAGGGCCUGCAAUCAAAUUGAAAACUGGACGGAAAGAUUCUCGUGUCAGUCUAAAGUCGGUAGCUGACACUGGCAUACCCACACCUCAAAGCAACGUGUCUUUCGUCCUGGACUAUUUCAGCAAAAUGGGAAUCAAUACCGAAGAGACUGUUGCUCUUCUAGGUGCCCACACGAUCGGAAGAGCGCAUUGCGUCUCCUUCGAAGAGAGGAUCUACCCCACCGUUGACCCUAAGAUGGACCCCGUGUUCGCAAGCAUGCUCAAAUACCGAUGCCCUCAGCAGAAAACAGGGGCAGAGCCGGUGCACUUCACAUACUUUCGCAACGACGAGCAAUCGCCUAUGGCGUUUGAUAACCAUUACUACGUCAAUCUGAUGGCUAAUCAAGGCUUGCUGCACAUAGAUUCUGAGAUUGCUUGGGACUCGAGAACGAAGCUAUUCGUAGUGGAGUACGCCAAGGACAACGCUUUGUGGCACAAGAACUUCGCAACGGCUUUCACCAAGUUGAGUGAACAUAAUCCUCUGACAGGUACUCAAGGGGAGGUCCGAAAGCAUUGUUCUUACACUCUGUAAGUUAAUUAGAUAUGUACGAUAUAUAUGCUUGCUUUCACAUGGCAGCAGAGUCCAAUGGGCGUUCUUGCUCCAUUAUAACAUAUUGUGUAUUCUCCAGCAGUAGCAACCUCGCUAUAUUCGUCUUCGACCUCUUACAUGCAGAAAGAUUGCUUUCCUAAGCAGAAAAGAAAUAAAUGUAUAUACAUUCUAAUCUAUGCCAUAAACCAAUUUAGAGAAAAUUCUACUUCGUUGAAAUGA